AGAGCGUUGACUUUGAUGGAAUAUAUGCACAUAAUUUCCCUCCUCCGCUCCGUCUUCCAAACAUGUUUAUCAAAAGGAGUCUCCCUGCACACCUUCAUCCAUGUCUCCUCCUCGUCUUCACCUCCGCCCUCUUGGAGAUUGCCUUCGUGGCCCGUGGCGAUGUCGGCACGGCUUCUCACUAUACCCCUCCAUACCAACCGACGGAAUGCUACGGUGGGGACCCAUCACAGUUCCCGUCGAGCAACCUGUUCGCGGCGGCGGGUGACGGGGUGUGGGACAACGGGGCGGCGUGCGGGAGGCAGUACCUGGUGCGGUGCAUCAGCGCGUCGAAGUCCGGCACCUGCAUCCCCGAACGCACUAUCCAGAUCAAGAUCGUCGACUAUGCCCUCUCGUCCUCGUCUGCAGCCGUCGCCUCCAAGCAGUCCGUCACCGGCGCCACCUUGGUCCUGUCUCAGACCGCGUUCGGAGCCAUUGCCAAUUCCUCCGUGGAUUCUAUCAACGUCGAGUUCCAACAGGUCUGAUCUAAGAUUCUGGAGAUAAUCUGGCGACUGCUCGAUAUUGAAGGAUGGAGAGGCAGAGAAAGUCCAAAGGGAACUCGACGAAUGAAAAUCGAAUUGGAUCAAUUCUUGCGUCGUCCUCUAGAAUGAUGAUCGAUUUGUUGUUGAAAAUUCUUCUUCUUCUUUUUCCCUUCUUUUCCCCCGUUAGUAUUGGUCUUCUUUGUCUUGCACAAGUUCGUCAUUCCUUCAUUUUCUACAAUUGCACGUCGUUUCAUGUUGUAUUAAUCAAAGAGAGGGACAGAUUUUUCAUGUGAGAAGGUCGGACAUGAAUUUCUUGGAGGCUUCCCCAGAUUUGGAAGCUUCUCUUUAUUGCUAGUCUUCGUUUUCGGUGGAA